AACAUUUGCAUUUGUUUCAGCAGUUAUUGUUUUUUUAAAACGCUAAUUUUUAUUUUAUUUCAUUUGUAGUUUAAUUUGUUCAUUCUACUUAGCUAAUUGUUUUGAGUCCCUCAUGCUUGUGCGUCGUCGCGCUAAAUCAGUGGCGUGGCGACACUUGGGCAAUGCCUCCUCCGUGUCUUUAGAGAUAUAAAGAAGCGUGAGGCUUCCCUGGAGGAGGUAAUGACGGCUUCACUUUUUAAAUAAACCCACGUCGCUCAGUUGCCCGACUCCGCACGAGUUCGUGAUGUCACAGGGAGCCCGAACAGAACUGCAAAAUGUCCCCCGCCAUUAAAGUUGAAGAGGCAUAAGUCACCCGGUGAGCAUGAGGUCACCGCCUCGCCGUGGUUAUUAAUCCCGCCGCGCUCGUUACAUCUUGACCCCCAUGAUUGCAGCCUGUAAAAACUUGCUAAUGUGUUGAAAUUACGUUGAGUCAACUGUUUGCCUUUCGGCUGGAGAAGGCGACGUGGGGAUGGAACGCCCGCCCCUAACCGUACGAGACAACCUCGUAAAGAAAAAAUACCCGUUCGGUAAGUACAUUUGACAUUUACAUUAGUGUGGACUACAGAUGGUGGCAAAUCACAACCUUUGUCUAAGAGAAGCUCCUCCAUUUAUUUCCCCAUCGUUUUUUCCCCACUAAGAUGUCUGAGAUGGUGACAAAGCACACCUUUUGUCUAAGGGAAGCCCUUCAGUAGUUCUUUGGCAUCACUAUGCAAUAAGAUGGUGGCAAAGCACAGCGUUUGUUUGAGUGAAGCUCCUCAUUUACUUCAACAUAGUUCCUAGGCACCAAGAUGGCAGCGAAUCACAAGUUUAUUCUUAAGUGAAGCUCCUCCAAUCACGUCAACAUACAGUAGUUCCUAGAAACCAAGAUGACAGCAAAGCACCACUUUUGUCUUAGUGAAGCGCCUCGGUAUACUUCAACAUAGUUCCUUGGGACCAAGAUAAUAAAAUACAAAUGUACUUAAAAGUAAAAAAAAAAAAAAAGUUCUGGGAGAUCAAAUGUUAUGGACUUAAAAUUUAAAUAAAACUGACCUGUAUUUUUUAUGCAAUUCACUUCUUAAUAAGACUAGUUUUUUUUUUUUUGAGCCAACUGUUUUUAUCAGCGUAGUGGAGCUGUCCGUGGUACUGAAACACGAAUGUCUCUUCAAAUCAUUCUAAUGACUAAUGACUUGAACUUUACCAAUGGUUGGUGUUUAUUGAUGGGGGCGUGGCAGCCGUUUGCGUCACGCGGAUGACGUCACAGUUGCUACUAAAUGCAAGUGCAAAGUGCGGCUCACCCUUCUCGCAAUCGGGAUUGUUUCGUUUAUUUUGGAAAGACUACCGUGUUGGUUUGCUUUGAUUCGUGUGAGGACCUCCCCCCACACGCGAUGCUGUCGUCCCUUAAGACCCUGCUGCUGCUUUUGGUCCUGUGCCCGUCCUCCUCCAGCCUGUGCCUCCGUUUGGCCCGCGGCCGCUCGGACCUCAUAUGCGACCACCAGAUGGCCGGCGGCGGUUUCUCCUCCGAGGACGCCUGGGGCUCUCUGCUCCGCUCAUCCGCCGAGUACCUGGUCGCCUCUGCGCCCGAGGAGUCGGCGAGCCGGGAGAAAAGGACAUACAACCCGGCCAAGACGCGCUUCCAGAGCCGGGCUAAGAUCCGCGGCUCCCUGUUGCGGAACGGCGGCAAAGAGGAGCACAGGAGCCAGCUGACUUUGUCCCUGGACUUGCCCACUAACAUAAUGAACGUGCUCUUCGACGUGGCCAAAGCCCAAAACCUGCGCUCGAAGGCAGCCGAUAACGCGCGUCUGCUGGCGCGCAUCGGCCGAAGAAAGUGACCACUCCGAACGCCUUCGCUUUGUAUUUCAAAAGGAUUUUGGGUUUCUUCAUUUGCGGUCGCAUUGUGUAAUUGUUGGAGAUGAAUGACUUCCAUACUGACGCCUUACUGACAAAUGGCCGCAUUAUAACUUUAUUUGUUGUAAAGAUGAGACCGACAAAUUACAGGCUUCACAGCGUUGCCUAUUAUCAAUCAAAUUGAGUUAAGGAAAAAUAUUUUAAUUGAUUCUGUAUGAAUGUUUUCAAGGACCAAAGCCGACUUAUGUAAACUGUUUUUUUCCGUUUCCUAGCGGCUUCAAUUUUGAUUCAUUCAAGCGCUGUUGUUCAAAGUUUCUGCCCACAGUGCACAAAAGGUGUCAGUUGAAAAAUGCAUGGGAAUCUCUGUGUGAAUGCGUGCGCCUCAAGUGUGUUAUUUUUAUACUCAAAAUUAUUUUCCCCAAAUAAAGCAGACGCAACAAACAUG